AUGGCGAGGAUCACCAACAUUCAGCAGUGGUUGCACGGUUCCAUGAGUUGCUUGAGAGAGAUUGAGAUGUGUCACUUUCCCAUGUCUAUAGAGAGGGUAACAAGUGUGCAGACUGUAUAG